AUGAUAAGGAAGCAUACUUUUAGGGUUCUCUUGUUUUUACCUUCUCCAAACGAGAGUGGUAGGUCUAUGGUUCCACAUGGACGAGUUAAGGAGUCAUUGAAAGCUAGAAGGUUCCCACCUAACUAUGGCUUCAAAUCUUUCAUGUGUAGUCUUAAUCACAUGAAGAAUUUGAGGUACAUCGAGUUGCAUAAGCUUAUGUCGUCAAUGAGGAUCCCCGAUACUGAGUUGAUGGCUAUCACCGACGAACACCGAACACCGAUUUACACCGAUUCAACCGAUUUGAGUUUCAGAAAACCGUUUCUUUCACGAAAUGAUUCUAGCAUAGAUAUCCCCUCUUCUGGACCGCACCACCACUCCUGGUCCGGCCAUGACGAUAAACCUUCCGGCUCGCCGCGUAAACCGUCGUUUUCGUCGUUUGUUUUAUCCUUUUUUCGAAAUAUUAGGUCUGGUCAUAGGUAUAUGAAGAGAUUGUUCUUUAUGAUCUCGCUUAAUGUUCCUUACUCUACUGUCGAGUUGCUCAUUGGCCUCUUCACUGGCCGUGUUGGUCUGGUGUCUGAUGCAGUUCAUUCGACAUUUGGAUGCGGUCUUCUUACGUUUUCGUUGUUUGUUAUGGGGGUGUCUAGAAAAAAACCUGAUGGAGUUUAUACUUAUGGGUAUAAAAGACUAGAAGUCUUGUCUGCAUUUACAAAUGCUUUUGUUUCCUGAAUUUUCUGGACAAGACUCUGGAUCAUUUGAGGCUUUAAAACUUGAUAUGGAGCUUCCUGCAUUGCCUAAGGAGAAAAAAGGCCGUGGUCCCCCACCAACGUGGUAUGUCAGUGGAAGUGAACUAGAGUCCUUGUCAUCUGUGUUUCCUCCAUAUUUAUAGCAACAACUAUUAGCAUGUUUGUCAACUAGAGAGUGGGUUUGGCGGCAUUGGCUGGGAUGCUCUGCUAAUUCAUAGGUGGUCUCAUUCAAGCCAAGUCUGCCAAAGGAUUUUCAGGCGACUACUCUGCUAUAGCAUCAUUCAGACCUUGUCGCUUUUGCAUCUGAGUCGACAACCGACAUAAGGACUAUAGCAUCAUUUUGUCACUGUUCUUGACAAUUUCAAUUUUCUUGAAAUUGAAUAUUGACUUCUGAUAUGCAUGUAAUGUAUAUAGAUUAUGAUAUGCAUGUAAUGUAUAUAGAUAAGACACUAAUGUGUUAUGGUUUAGGAAUGGUUUGAAUUGAAAGGGUGGUUGCAUGAAAUUUAUGAAAGACUAUUGCAAAGCAUCUUAAUUUGAUGAUUUAAUAUAAUUUUGACACAGGGAAUGAUUCUUAUAUAG